AUGACAUCAAUGAGCAUUGUACCAUCGUUUAAUUUUAGUAUUGGAGAAACAUCUUUUCAAAAUUUCAACAAAGAGCAAGAUUUUUUUUUGUGGUAUCAGCUAUUAAUUGAACUAUUAAAACAACUGCCAUCAACAUCUGUUUCACAGAAUAAUUUAUUAGCAGAAUGUCGAUUGAAAUACUUCGACGAUACCACACAAUUACGAAAAAUCCAAGAAUUUGAGGAUACAUAUGAUUCAACCAAUGUGAUCGAAUGGUAUAUACGAGUUGCAUUUCUUUAUCGUUUAUUAAAUAAAGCAUUAAGAACAAAGAAUAUUCUGAUUAUAUUCCAAUUUCGCUUCGUUCUGAUUGAUCUCUAUAAUUGUCUCGCUCAGCUACAUGAGUCUUAUAUUAGUUCACUUAGGUCACAGAAGGAAACUAUAUCUGAGUUGGUUAUGUUCCAUGGACAAGGAUUAACUGUUGCCGAACUACAAAGUCUAAAAGAUAAUAUCAAUGGUCGAAUUUCAAUAAACAGUUUCUUUUUUACAAGUACAUGGAAUGAAAUUCCACUUCAUUUCGCUGGCAAUGCAUUAGAACGUUCAUUAAUCGAAUCAAUUUUCUUUGAAAUUCAUUGUUCAGUAAAGAACUAUCUCACAAAACCCUUCGCUUACUUGGAAAAAGAAGAAAAAGUUUUGUUUACAAUGGGAACAAUUUUUCAAAUAAAUUUCGUCGAAAAAUUAACAGAUCAAAUUUGGCAUGUGAAACUUACUUUAUGCGAUGAUGACAACGAUUUAAUUCGAACUGAAUAA